AGCGACACAACGGGCAGGUCAAAAAUAAAGGAAAAUGUGGCCAGUAAGAGCAAACUAGGGCCGGAGAAGAAGCGUUGACUUUCAGUUUUCUCCUUCGUAAGGCUUCGUUAUUUAGUUACCGUUUAUUUAAAAGUCAGCGCCUUGACUUUUUCACGGUUUAAGGCGUCCUCCCAUUUUUUUUCUUUUUGUUGCGAGCUGAGCUAGCCUGGUAAAGAUGGGAACCAGAGCAAGUCGCAUACAGGAAGACCCGCUUCCUUCACCCUACGGAAAAGAAGGCACAAAGCGGGACUGCUACCGUCGAACCCGAUGCACCAGGCCCACCAGCCUCGUCGUCGACUUCUCGGUCAGCUUCGAGGAAACGGAGGCCAACCGGAGCCGAUCCGAGGAGGGCAGCGACUCGGACUUGGGGCGGCACGGGGCGAGCGCCGACGGCAGCCCCGCCGACCAUCACGGUGGCGGAAUUCCCUCCGGCAUGAGUCAAGCGUCUCCCGCCGACGACGACGACAACAACAGCGAGGGGAAGCCCGAGGAGGACGGGAACGUCAGCCCGGAGGCUCCCGGCGUCGACGCCGAGCGCCAGCCGGGAGAGGACACGGGCCGCACACCUCACCGCACUUUUUCCGAGCGGCUCCCCGGGAAUCGGCACUCAUCGGCCCGCAGCGUCGGCGCAAGAUCCGCUCGGGUCCGCGGCACCCACCAACGGCCGGUGUCGGAGGCUUGGAUCGGCCUUUAUCGCGUUAACAACCGGCAUGGCAAUAUCCGCUGUCCUUUCUGCUCAAAGCCUUUCCCGGGCGGGCGGAUCGAGGAUCACCUGUUGAGCUGCCUCACGUCUCCCCCACUACCUUACAACACGGAUGUGCUCAGUAAAGACAGCGGGGAGUGCUCUAUCUGUUUGGAGGAUUUGGUGCAGGGGGAGACCAUCGCCAGGCUGGCCUGCCUGUGCGUCUACCAUAAGAGCUGCAUUGACUCCUGGUCCAAGGUGAAGCCCUGCUGCCCCGAACAUCCCUUUGAUUGACUCACAGGUCACACCCGUUCGGCCCAGUGACCAACUCGACUCAGGAGACUACACCGAUUCCCAAUAAAAAUUACAAUAAAAAUUGUGCAUUUGAACAAGCAAAUGUCCACUGUCCCUGUCAGACACAAUCCCAGGAGGAAGCUGCAGUUGGCCAGAUCCAACACUCUGGAUUAAUUUAUUUAAGCUCAAUCUGCCAACAGUAUAUAUAUUUAAAAAAAAAUUUAAAACAGCUGCUCUGUUUUUUAUGGUUUAUUGUUUUGUUUUGAGACACUUGUUGGACCAGAAGUGCUGGAGUUCCCCAUCUCCUCCGUGGAUUUGGAAAAAGCGGAGCGUAUAAAUAUGACCACCCGCCCCGAACAAAAACGAUGGAACUAGCCUGGCGAGGACCAGGUUUCUGGGACUGGUGCCUCCCGUGUGUAUUUUGUCUCUAAACGGAGUGGCUCUUUCUCUUUCUUUUUUUUAAAUCAGGUGUUGCUCCACGUAUUGAACGAAUGUUUCCUCCUUUUUUUUUCUUUUCCUUCCUCUUCCUGGACUCGCCCCCCAGAUGAUCCAACCUCGCACCGAAAACCCUUUUCCACAUUCCUCCACGCCGUGAGGACGCUUCAGGGUUGAGGACUUGUUUUUGGUGAAAUGGGGCCACCGCUUCUCUGGCUUUUUGCUUUUUGUUGCCUGUAAACAUUUCAGGGGAAGUUUGGGGCCUUUUUUUUUAAAAUAUAUUUAUUUUGAAGUUGGUCAGUUUUUCCAUGAAUGGUUGCUGCUGCUGCUUUGGUGAGUGUUUCAGGAAAAUGGCGGGUGGUUUUUCGAGUGCCACGGUAGCGUCGCGUUGGCUCCAACCGAAGCACUUUUUGCCCUUUUUAAAAAAAAAAAAUUUUCCUAUAAGAUCUGGGGUAAUGUUACAUGUGUGUCCAGAUGAGGACUGACCGUGUCGUGAGUGUGUAUUUGAUAAAGUGUGUGUGUUUAUUGUAAAUUGCUUGAAUGUCUGCUUUUGUUUUAAGGUUUGUUUGUUUUUUCAGCCAGUUUCACGCUGCUGACAUGUAGAUUUUGGUACUUGCGGUUUUGGUUUUAGCCCCUCUUCUUCUCUCUCAGAUGCUUUUAUUUUUGUAAAGCCCUGAGUGACGGUUUGUGCAGAAAUAAAGGGACAGGCCGGGCGAACUGAGGGGCAUGUUUACACCCCGUGGCAUCCGCCUCUUUCCACAACACUGGAGGCUACGAACAGCUGAUGGUUAAUUAUUACAUAACCCCCUCCCUCUCCCUUCUCUUUUCAUUUUAAGGAUUGUAGCUAUAAUAUUAUGACUUUUCAUGAUUAUUGCUGAAUAACUUUCCUUUUUUUAUAUUUUAUUUUUCCUGUGUGCUGCUCCUGCGUGGCGAAGGGGGUCUUGUUUGCUUUUAAAGGACUGACAGGAAGUCUCUGCCCAGGCCAGUGGAAAGAACAAAAACAUCAAUUUAUUCUGGGUUAAACUCUCAGUGCUGCAGUGAUCGGUUUAGGUUGUUGAUUUUAUUUUAUUAUUAUUUUUUAGUUUUUUCUCCUUUUGGUCCCUAAUGCUCUGCAGUCUGAGGUGCUACGACCCAUCCCCGCCACUAGUGGGCAGCCCUGUGCAUGUUUGUCAUUAUUAUAUAAAUAUAUAUAUAUAUAUAUAUAUUUAAAACUAUAUAUAUAUUGGAGAUACAUAAUUAAAAAAUGAUGCCAAAAGUCUGUCUGUGCUUCGAGGCAUUAGUGUGAGAGCGUGCAGAAGACGAGUUGCAUUGAUCAUUUGGUGUUGACGUUUGUUGUGGUGAUAAGUUAUGAUGUUGUAUUUUUUUUUUUUUGAUUGGGGGGGUUUGUUUAUGCUUCAGGUAGAGGGGGUGGUGUUUUUGGAGGUUGGAUUGAUGCAGACGAGCCUAAAACCCAACAUUAUUCUUAUUAAACCAGCUCCUCUCCAAACAAAGAUGGUAUUUUGUACAAAACGUCCCCCUAUGGGUUUUUGGAAACCACAUGGCUCCGAGACCAGCGUUAUUAGGCCACAAGCUGGACCCCACCCCCCCUCACCAAGACUCUGGUAUUAUAAAAACAAAUUUGAGUUUUAUUUAUUGAAUUUGUAAAUAUGUAAUUGCAGUUGAUGGAAACGGCUCGGUCCUCGUCUGUUCAAUAUAAAACUGUUUCUAAGCUCUGAUCUUUUUGUAUGUCUCAGAAAUUGUUUUUAUAUGUAUUUUUUACAAUAAAUAUGUGUGAGAGACGUUC